AUGAAUUUAAGCUAUGCAGAUGACAUGGUGUUGUUGACUCCCGCAAUGAGUGCUCUGAAAAAGCUGCUGAAAAUUUGCGAAACAUACGCGGAGAGCCACGGGCUAAGGUAUAACGCGAAAAAAACAGAGCUCCUCAUGUUUAGGCCGCAAGGUGGUCACGUGGGUGCGGUGCCACCAGCGUUCCUGUCCGCAAAUAAGAUUAAGCGCGUGUCACAAUUUAAAUACCUGGGCCACUGGCUCACCGAUGAUUUAUCCGAUGGAGUUGAUGUUGAGAGGGAGAGAAGAGCUCUGGCGGUAAAAUGUAAUAUGCUCGGUCGCAGGUUCGCACGUUGUACAAAACAAGUUAAAAUCUCCCUAUUUAAGGCAUACUGCCAAAGCUUCUACACGUGCAGCCUGUGGGUGAAGUAUACGCAGAGAACGUUGAACACUAUAAGAGUUCAAUAUAAUAAUGGGUUCAGGAUGUUAAUGGGGCUGCCGCGACACUGCAGUGCGUCGGGUAUGUUUGCAGAAACGCGUACAGAUGGGUUUCACGCGAUUAUACGUAAGCUAGUCGCAUCCCUGGCGCAGCGUGUUCGUGGCACCAAUGGCAUCCUGACCGUAGUGAGCAAUAGGCUAGACUGUCCUUUUCAGAAGCACUGGAUGGAGCUUCAUGUUAGAGCGCCUAUCCAGUCUAGGAUGUAA